GCGGGGUGCCGGUACGUGGCGGGCGGGCGUGGCGCGGCGGGCAGGGCUGCGCGCGCGGCGGGCGCCCAUUCUGUGGCGGCGACAGCGGGGACAGCGACAGCGGCGUUCAUGUCCUAACGGGUGGCAGCGGCGGGCGAGCCGGGCCCCUCCAUGCGGGGGCCGUGGGGCCGCAGCGCUCUGGCCGCCUUCGCGUUGCUGGUGCUGCUGGGGGUGGCGGCGGGCGGCCCGGAGCCGCCGCCGAGCGAUGUCGCGGAUGUGGAGGCCGCGUUCGGGCUGGGGGCGGCCGCCGCUCCCGCCGCUCUGCCCGCUGGUUCCGCGGACGUGACAGUGGAGGACGAUGAGGGCGGUGUGGCCCCCGCGGCGCCCGGAGAGCAGGAGGCUGAGGGCAGCGGGGAGGCCCGGACCGGCAGCAGAUCUCUAGUAAUUAUCAGCACUUUGGAUGGACGAAUUGCUGCGCUGGAUCCGGAGAACAGUGGGAGAAAACAGUGGGAUCUGGAUGUGGGAUCAGGUUCUCUUGUGUCAUCCAGCCUCAGUAAACCAGAGGUGUUUGGAAACAAGAUGAUUAUCCCUUCCUUGGAUGGGGACCUCUUCCAGUGGGAUCGGGAUCGAGAGAGCAUGGAAGCCGUUCCUUUCACUGUCGAAUCUCUUCUGGAGUCAUCCUACAAAUUCGGCGAGGACGUUGUCUUAGUUGGGGGAAAGUCUUUGACCACCUAUGGGCUGAGCUCCUAUUCAGGGAAGGUGAAGUACAUCUGCUCAGCCGUGGGCUGCCGCCGCUGGGACGACGAGGAGACAGAGCAGGAGGAGACGCUGCUGCUGCACCGCACCCAGAAAACCGUCCGGGCUGUGGGGCCACGCAGUGGCAACGAAAAGUGGAAUUUCAGUGUUGGUCACUUUGAGCUGCGCUAUGUCCCAGAUAUUGAAACUAGAGCAGGCUACAUUGAGAGCAAUUUUAAACCAAAUAUGAACAAAGAAGAAACAAAAAUUAUUUCAGAUGUGGAGGAGCAGGAAGCUAUGAUGAAAGACACAGUAAUAAAGGUCUCUGUGGCUGACUGGAAGGUGAUGGCUUUCAACAGACGAGGAGGACAUCUGGAAUGGGAAUACCAGUUUUGCACUCCAAUUGCUUCUGCAUGGCUGCUUAAAGAUGGCAAAGUAAUUCCAAUCAGUCUGUUUGAUGACACGAGUUACACAGCAAAUAAUGAGGUACUGGAAGAUGAAGAAGAUCUUGUGGAAGCUGCCAGAGGGGCCACAGAAUCCAGUGUCUAUUUGGGUAUGUUCAGGGGCCAGUUGUAUCUUCAAUCAUCAGUCAGAAUUUCUGAGAAAUUCCCAACCAACCCAAAGGCUCUGGAGUCCAGGAACGAUAAUGCAAUGAUUCCUCUUCCCAAAAUCAAAUGGAAACCUUUAAUCCAUUCUCCUUCCAGGACUCCAGUGUUGGUGGGCUCUGAUGAGUUUGAUAAGUGUCUCAGCAAUGACAAGUAUUCUCACGAGGAAUACAGCAAUGGAGCACUGUCAGUUCUGCAGUACCCAUAUGAUAAUGGUUAUUACUUACCCUACUACAAGAGGGAGAGAAAUAAACGUAGCAACCAGAUCACGGUUAGAUUUUUUGAUGACACAAAUUACAAGAACAUUCGCAAAAAGGAUCCUGUUCUUCUGCUUCACUGGUGGAAGGAAAUUGUUGGCACCAUUGUGUUUUGUAUCGUGGCCACAACCUUUAUUGUGCGCAAACUCUUCCAUCCCCACCCUUACAGCAGACUGCGGAAGGAGUCUGAAACACAAUGUCAGACUGAUUGUAAGUAUGAGCCCACUUGUGGAGACAUUAAAGACAACAGCUGGAGUGAUGCCAAGAACUCUGGAUAUGUGUCAAGAUAUCUGACAGAUUUUGAACCAAUUCAGUGUCUGGGUCGUGGAGGUUUUGGAGUGGUUUUUGAAGCCAGAAAUAAAGUAGAUGACUGCAACUAUGCCAUCAAGAGGAUCCGAUUGCCCAACAGGGAGCUGGCUCGUGAAAAGGUGAUGAGGGAAGUCAAGGCUUUGGCUAAGCUCGAGCACCCAGGGAUUGUUCGGUAUUUCAAUGCAUGGCUGGAGGCUCCCCCUGAGAGAUGGCAGGAAAAGAUGGAUGAGCAGUGGUUAAAAGAUGAAAGCACUGAUUGGCCCCUCAGUUCUCCCAGCCCAAUGGAUGUCCCAUCAUUUAAGAUCACAACAGAGCCAUUUUCAACAAAGGAACACAUUGAAGUUACUGCAGCUUCAUCGGAGAGGGUGAGGUCUGUGGGGAUACCCUGUGGUCAGUCAGAUUCAUCUGGAAGCCAGUUUUCCCCUCUGGAAUUUUCUGACACAGAAAACAGGGACUUGCAGCACUCAGAAGAUCCACUGUUAAACCUUCAGGACAGUGUCCUUACAGGCUGUGAUGUAGAAGACAGCACUAUCAACAGUAAUGAGCUGGGACACUCCUUGGAAAUGUGUUCUUCAGCUGUUCCUGUUGUACAUCUGAAGGAAGGGACCUCCUCCUCUAUUGUGUUUGAGGAUUCUGGCUGUGGAAAUGCCUCUAGUAAGGAAGAGAAAGUUGAUGUUUCACAUAAUGAGGGUCCUUCUGAGGAUAAAGUGAAAAGUACAAAGGAAUCUGAUAACAAGAAAUCUGCUUCAGGAAGUCCCCUUUCUGUUUCUCCUCCAAGGCCAACAAGUUUAAGCCUGGACCUUUCUAAAAACACUGCAGAAAAGGUCAAGCCCACCUCUCCAAAGGUGUACCUGUACAUCCAGAUGCAGCUCUGCCGGAAGGAGAACCUUAAAGACUGGAUGAGCAGAAGAUGUGCCAUAGAGGAGAGGGAAAGGACAGAGUGUCUGCAGAUCUUUCUGCAGAUUGCUGAAGCUGUUGACUUUCUGCACAGCAAAGGAUUAAUGCACAGGGAUCUCAAGCCUUCCAAUAUAUUUUUCACAAUGGAUGACGUAGUAAAGGUUGGGGAUUUUGGACUGGUGACUGCUAUGGACCAAGAUGAGGAGGAGGAAUCAGUUCUGACCCCAAUGCCAGAUUAUGCCAGGCACACAGGACAAGUAGGGACCAAACUCUACAUGAGCCCGGAACAGAUCUGUGGCAACACCUAUUCGCAUAAGGUGGAUAUCUUUUCUCUGGGACUGAUUCUCUUUGAGCUGCUCUACCCCUUCAGCACACAGAUGGAGAGGGUCAAGACCUUAAGUGACGUUAGAAAUUUGAAUUUUCCACCACUGUUCACUCAGAAAUACGCACAAGAGUACAACAUGGUGAAGGACAUGCUCUCUCCAAGUCCCACUGAACGACCAGAGGCUGCAGCAAUCAUUGAAAAUCCUGUCUUUGAAGACUUGGAGCUCCCACCCAAACCCGUGCUCAGGCAGAGGUCACGGACAAUGAGCCUAUCAGGAAAUAAACAUUCCAGACAACCAAGCAAAUAACUAUCCUCAGGAUCACUUCUUCCACUCGGCAGGUUUCACAGGGAUUGCUCAGCAGAAGGAUCCUAUGAUGCAGAAUGUUUAUCUUGGGAAUAGUUUACUUCAGCUUUUUUUGCCAUGUUUAAUGUAUAAGACGUGUUGGACAGAUUUUUGUUUACUUUGACAGCCAAUGAAGCCCAGUAACCAAACCUUUCACAUUCCAUUUUCCUUACCUUUGCUCUCCUAAGCGGAUGGGUCCAGCUGCUGUGCUUGCCAAUGUUGUGCUCCAUUAUCCUUUUUUGGGGGGUUUCUUGGGUUUUUUUGAAGCUUGUAAAAGUCAGCUUGCUGGGUGAGUGAGAGAUCUGUAACAUGUAAAUAGAAUUAAAAUACUGUAUUUUUAUAGAGCAAAUUACAGUCUCUAAGCCUAGUGAGUGUCUAUAUGGAUCACUUGCUCUCUGGUGAAAUGAAGAUGAUUUUGAAAUGAA